CCCCGUAGGGAACCCAUCACCCCAUAGGGAUCCCAUAGGGAUCCCAUCACCCCACAAGGACCCCCCCAUAGGGACCCCAUAACCCCAUAGGAACACCAUAGGGACCCCAUAACCCCAUAGGGACCCCGUAGGGAACCCAUCACCCCACAGGGAUCCCACAGGGACCCCAUAACCCCAUAGGACCCCAUAACCCCACAGGACCCCAUAUAACCCCAUAUAGCCCCACAGGACCCCAUAACCCCACAGGACCCCAUAUAACCCCAUGUAAUCCCAUAGGACCCCAUAACCCCAUGUAACCCCAUAGGACCCCAUAACCCCACACACCCCAUAGGACCCCAUAACCCCCCACACCUCAUAACCCCAUAGGACCCCAAAAUCCCAAACAGCCCAUAGGACCCCAUAGGACUCCAUAACCCCCCACACCCCGUAACCCCAUAGGACCCCAUAUCCCCACACACCCCAUAGGACCCCAUAACCCCAUAGGACCCCAGAAUCCCAAACACCCCAUAGGACCCCAUAACCCCAUAUAACCCCAUAGGACCCCAUAGGACCAUAUAACCCCAUAGGACCCCAUAACCCCCCACACCCCAUAGGACCCCAUACGACCCCAUAACCCCAUAGGACCCCAUAGGACCCCAUAACCGCCCACACCCCAUAUAACCCCAUAGGACCCCAUAGGGCCCCAUAACCCCCCACACCCCAUAGGACCCCAUAACCCCAUAGGACCCCAGAAUCCCAAACACUCCAUAGGACCCCAUAGGGCCCCAUAACCCCACACGCCCCAUAGGACCCCAUAACCCCAUAGGACCCCAAAAUCCCAAACACCCCAUAGGACCCCACACACCCCAUAGGGCCCCAUAACCCCAUAGGGCCCCAUAACCCCCCACCGGACCCCACGUGACCCCGCAGACCCCACACCUCCGCUCUCACCCCCAGUUUCCCACGCGCCGUUUCCCGCCAACGGCCCCGGAUCCAACCGUUGGCCACGCCCCCCGCCCUUCCCAGCAACCCAUGAGGAGCGGCGGCUGCGCCCAGAUCCCGCCCACCUCGCGGCCAAUGAGAUCGGACCGUGGGAGCCACGCCCCCUCCCGGAGGCAUCGGCCAAUGGGGAACGGCGGCGCGCAGCGGUCCCGCCCCACUGCCGUGGGAGCGCUGCGCCUAGAUCCCGCCCCUUCCGGGAUGCGACAGCCAAUGGGGAGCGUUAAAGCCGUGGUCCCGCCCCCUCUGCGGGAAGCUCCGGCCCAAAUGCUCCUAUGGGGAUUACGGGGGCCUUUUGGGGUCAGAGGGGUCCCUGUGGGGUCCCUGUGGGGUUUCUAUGGGGUCUAUGGAGCUCCUAUAGGGUGAUGGGGUCCCUAUGGGGCCCCUAUGGGUUAUGGGGUUUCUAUGGGGUUUCUAUGGGGUUUCUAUGGGGUGAUGGGGUCCCUAUGGGGUUCCCUAUGGGGUUAUGGGGUCCCUAUGGGGUCCUUAUGGAGCUCCUAUAGGGUGAUGGGGUCCCUAUGGGGUUUCUAUGGGGUUUCUAUGUGGUUUCUAUGGGGUGAUGGGGUCCCUAUGGGGUUCCCUAUGGGGUUAUGGGGUCCCUAUGGGGUCCUUAUGGAGCUCCUAUAGGGUGAUGGGGUCCCUAUGGGGUUUCUAUGGGGUUUCUAUGUGGUUUCUAUGGGGUGAUGGGGUCCCUAUGGGGUUCCCUAUGGGGUUAUGGGGUCCCUAUGGGGUCCUUAUGGAGCUCCUAUUGGUUUAUGGGGUCCCUAUGGGGUCCCUGUGGGAUCAUGGGGUCCCUAUGGGGUUCCCUAUAGGGCCUCUGUGGGCUGAUGGGGUCCCUGUGGGAUCUCUAUGGGGUGAUGGGGUCCUUGUGGGGUCCUUAUGGGGUUAUGGGGUUUCUAUGGGGUCCCUAUGGGUUAUGGGGUUUCUAUGGGGUCUAUGGAGCUCCUAUAGGGUGAUGGGGUCCCUAUGGGAUCCCUGUGGGACCAUGGGGUCCCUGUGGGGUCCCUAUGGGGUCCCAGUGGGGUGAUAGGGUUUCUAUGGGGUCCCUAUGGGGUUAUGGGGUCCUUAUGGGGUCCUUAUGGAGCUCCUAUAGGGUUCUGGGGUCCCUAUGGGUUCUAUGGAGGUCCUAUGGGUGAUGGGGUGAGGAUGAAGAUGAGGAUGGGGAUGGGGAUGAAGGUGAGGUUGAAGAUGGGGAGGAAGAUGGGGGUGAGGAUGAAGAUGGGGAUGAGGAUGGGGAUGAAGAAGGGGGUGAGGAUGAGGAUGGGGGUAAGGAUGAAGGUGGGGAUGGGGAUGAGGAGGAAGAUGAGGAUGGGGAUGGGGAGGAAGAUGAGGAUGAGGAUGGGGAGGAAGAUGAGGAAGACGGGGUAAGGAUGAGGAUGGGGAUGAGGAUGAGGAUGGGGAUGAUAAUGGGGAGGAAGAUGGGGCUGAGGAUGAAGACGAAGAUGAGGAUGAGGAAGAGGCUGUGGACGAAGCCGAACGAUGGCGGGCACGGCGCUGUUUAUUAGGGCCAGCAGCCCCCGCUCACAGGCAGCUCCCGACGCCGAUGAUGGGCCAGCAGCCCCGCUCACAGGCAGCUCCCGACGCCGAUGCUGAUGAUGAUGAUGACGGUGAUGAGGAGGAAGAUGGGGAGGAAGAUGAGGAUGAGGAUGAGGAUGGGGAGGAAGAUGAGGAAGAUGGGGGUAAGGAUGAGGAUGGGGAUGAGGAUGAGGAUGGGGAGGAAGAUGAGGAGGAAGAUGGGGAGGAAGAUGGGGAUGGGAUGAGGAUGAGGAUGAGGAAUGAGGAUGAGGAUGAGGAUGAGGAUGAGGAUGAGGAUGAGGAAGAUGAGGAUGGAGAUGAAGGUGAGGGUGAAGAUGGGGAUGGGGAGGAGGAUGAGGAGGAAGAUGGGGAUGGCGAUGAAGAUGGGGAUGAAGAUGGGGAUGGGGGAUGAAGGGGGAGCUGAGGAUGGGGAUGGGGAGGAAGAUGGGGAUGGGGAUGAAGGGUGAGGAUGGGGAGGAAGAUGAGGAGGAAGAUCAGGAUGAGGAUGGGGAUGAAGAU